AUGGAGAUAACACCAAAGAAAGAGGAUGAGAUGGUUUCAAACUCCGCCCCGGGUGCAAUUCUUCUACCACCAUCUCUUGAUAUACAAGGAAGUGGUUUGGUUGAUCGAAGCAUAGACUUCCAUAGUAAUAAUGUUGUUGUCCCACUAAUGGAUCAGUUUGAAAAUUACUCUAUGUUGUCUCUCCAUGGAUAUGAUAAUUAUUCUCCUCCAUGUGAUCCAUGCAUUAGUAGUCAGUUUCAUGGAUAUAAUAACCUUACUAUAGAUAGUCAUAACACAUUAAAUGAAAAUAUAUCUUCUUUUGAACCCAUAUAUGAUGGGUCAACUACAUAUGAACUCCCUUCAUUCCAAUGUAUACAUACUCGACAAUGUAAUUUGAACACACUUGCGUCCCGACUUCCUCCACACCAGUCUGUCGACACUCUGAUUCAAAUACCUCCAAUUGAAGAACCUAAUAAUUCAAUUAUGGUUUAUCCGGAUAAAGGUGGUUUCCUCAAUACAAGAUCAUUCCACAAUGGCUCAAAUGUCCAAGAGGGAAUAGAACAAAUGACCCAUGAUGAAGCAUUGAAAGACUCAAAUGUACAAGAGGGAAUAGAACAAACGACGCAUGAUGAAGCAUUCAAGAUUUCAACUUACACUAACAUUUGUGCAAAAUGGGAUAAAUUAGAUGGACUGAGGUACAACCUAUUAGACGAGUCUUUUGCAACAUUCCGGUGA